CAGUUCUCACAAUGAAGGCUUUCAGCUUUCUCUCUGCUGCUGUGGCAUUUAGUCUUGCAGAUGCCUACCUCGUCAACCCUCCUGGCGCCGCUGCUCCAGGAACUAUAUCCAGUUGCAGCGGAUGGAUUCAACAGUCGUACGCCCUCACCUGCGACAUCAUUGAACAGUAUUAUGGCAUGACGGAGGCUCAAUUUGAAUCAUGGAAUCCCAGCGUCACCCAGCUAGGAGAUGGCUGUAAUCUCAUCUCAGGUCUCUACUACUGCGUCGAGGUCAACUUCGUCACGAUAUCAGUCUCCCAUUCAACUCCUCCACCAACCUCAACUACCUCCCGCAGCGCCACCACAACCUCUGCCGGAAACGGCAUCACCACCCCAACGCCCAUCCAGACCGGCAUGGUCACCAACUGCAACAAGUUCUACUACGUCGUCAGCGGAGAUGGCUGCUUUGAUAUUGCCGCAGCAAACAACAUCGCCCUCAACGACUUUUAUGCGUGGAAUCCAGCUGUGAAGAACGACUGCUCAGGCCUCUUCCCAGAUUACUACGUCUGCGUUGGGACUACUGGUACGAAACCUACAUCCUCUUCUACCACCUUGAGAACAACGACAACUUCAGCUGGCAACGGCAUUGCAACGCCAACACCAAUUCAGACCGGCAUGGUCAAGAACUGCAACAAGUUCUACUACGUCGUCAGCGGAGACGGCUGCUUCGACAUUGCCGCAGCGAACAACAUCGCCCUGAAUGACUUUUACACGUGGAAUCCAGCUGUCAAGACCGAUUGUUCGGGUCUCUUCCCCGACUACUACGUCUGCGUUGGAGUCACCGGCUCUACCACUCCGAGCAAGACUACUAGCUCGGCGAUUACCACGCCGACGCCUUUCCAGGAUGGCAUGACACAGAAUUGUCGCGGCUUCCAUCUCGUCGUCAGCGGAGAUAAUUGUGCUGAUAUUGCUUCUGCCGCGGGGAUUUCGUUGACCAGCUUUUAUGGUUGGAAUCCAGGUGUUGGAACUGGCUGUACUUCUUUAUGGGCGGGCUACUACGUUUGCAUAAAGGUUUAG